UGGGGGAACGCGGCGGCCCAGGCGGGACUAAGGCGACGGAGGGCCGCCGAGGGAGGAGGCGUGGCCCCAGCAGCCCUUCUUUUAAAAUCAGCCACGGGCAUCAGCUUGCAAGCGCCCUGGGAAACGGCAGCAGCGAGCAGUGGUUGCGGAGGGGACGCCGGCGCAGAGCUCAGCGGUGAAAUCUGCAUUGACUUCGACUCCAAGACCACCGGAGAACUUCAGUGACUUGCAUCUAAGCCGAGAGAGAGCUCACAAUGUCUAAAAAAAUCAAUGGCGGAUCUGUUGUGGAGAUGCAAGGAGACGAAAUGACCCGUGUGAUCUGGGAUCUGAUUAAGGAAAAGCUGAUCUUUCCCUACGUGGAUCUAGAUCUCCACAGCUAUGAUCUGGGCAUAGAGAACCGCGAUGCAACCGAUGACAAGGUCACCGUGGAAGCUGCCGAAGCUAUCAAGAAAUACAACGUUGGAAUCAAGUGCGCUACUAUCACUCCGGAUGAGAAAAGGGUAGAGGAAUUCAAGCUGAAGCAGAUGUGGAAAUCGCCAAAUGGAACAAUCCGAAACAUUCUUGGGGGCACAGUCUUCAGGGAAGCCAUUAUCUGCAAAAACAUCCCCCGACUAGUAUCUGGCUGGGUAAAGCCCAUCAUCAUUGGCCGUCAUGCUUUUGGAGACCAAUACAGAGCCACAGACUUUGUCGUUCCUGGCCCUGGAAAGGUAGAGAUGACCUACACACCGAAGAAUGGAGGCAAACCCAUAACUUAUUUGGUCCAUAACUUUGAAAACUGUGGAGGUGUGGCUCUGGGAAUGUUCAACCUUGACCAGUCCAUUGCGGACUUUGCCCACAGUUCUUUCCAGAUGGCGCUGUCUAAAGCAUGGCCUCUGUACAUGAGCACCAAAAACACCAUUUUGAAGCGAUAUGAUGGGCGUUUUAAGGACAUCUUUCAGGAGAUCUAUGAGAAGGAGUACAAGUCACAGUUUGAGGCCAAAAAGAUAUGGUAUGAGCAUCGGCUGAUUGAUGACAUGGUGGCCCAAGCGCUAAAAUCCGAGGGAGGAUUUAUCUGGGCCUGCAAGAACUAUGAUGGGGAUGUGCAGUCUGACUCGGUUGCCCAAGGUUAUGGCUCCUUGGGGAUGAUGACUAGUGUCCUGAUAUGCCCAGAUGGCAAAACUGUUGAAGCUGAAGCUGCUCACGGCACAGUCACCCGUCAUUAUCGCUUGUACCAGAAAGGUCAAGAAACCUCUACUAACCCGAUUGCGUCCAUCUUUGCCUGGACUAGAGGUCUUGCUCACAGAGCAAAGUUGGAUAACAACACAGACCUUAAGAACUUUGCUUCUGCCUUGGAGGAUGUUUGCAUAGAGACCAUUGAAGCUGGCUUUAUGACAAAAGAUCUGGCUGCUUGUAUCAAAGGGUUACCCAAUGUGACGCGCUCUGACUACUUGAACACAUUUGACUUCAUGGAUAAACUUGCUGAAAACCUAAAGGCAAAGCUCUCUUCCCAGCCAAGACUUUAAGGA